AAAUUAGUCGGUAUAUAUCUGCUCGCCUGACACAAAUCUGAGAAAGCCGUCUAGUCGUGGCUGGGGACGUUAUACAUGGUUAUCAAUCACUUGGAAUACGGACGCUUACAAGUCCCGCACCGCAAUUUAUAAUCGGCAAUGACCUGUGUUCAAAGUCAACAUGGAGUCCAGACCUAUGAGAGCUCCAUCUUCAGCUCAGAGAUUCUGAAUCCUGACUUCACCUCCAGGUUGGCCAUGGAUGUAACUGACCAGCGGGACCAGCUCUCUACGCCCUCCCUACCCAGCAUCACCUCUCUAGUCGGAGGCUACGUGGGCGAGUUUGACACCUACACCUGCCAGAUUGCCACAGGUGCUGCAUCUAAUUUUGCAGGCGUCACUUCGGGACAGGACUCCUCAUUCAAGCUGGAUGACCUCCAUGUUUACGGCUGCUACCCAGGCACAUUCGCUAUGAGUUACCUGGAUGAGACAUUGUCCUCCUCGGGUGGGUCAAACUGCUUUGGAAGUCCAGCCUCUGCUCCAUCACCCUCCACCCCUGGGUUCCAACCCAUGUCGACCUGGGACAGCACCUAUGGUCCCUGCUCCCCAGAUGAUGGCUGCUGGGCUUCCGAGACGACACCUCUGGCUCAGACUCCCUCUUACUUCACUUUUGGGCAUGUCACAGCCAAUGAACUUUCCCCUUUGGGCCAACUGCAGCCUCAGCUCCCAGAUCAGGACCCAUUCUCUCAUACCCCGCAGCACGGUUCUCCUCUUUCCUUCAGUCCGCUCGACCUGGAGCAGGGCAGUCGGGAUGGGUCAGCACUGAUGAACGGACACCUGUCCCCUAAAGUUAGAAGCCCCGCAGGAAAUGAGGGACGCUGUGCAGUGUGUGGAGACAACGCUUCCUGUCAGCAUUAUGGGGUGCGCACCUGUGAAGGAUGUAAGGGCUUUUUCAAGCGUACAGUACAGAAAAAUGCCAAAUAUGUGUGCCUUGCCAAUAAAGACUGCCCAGUGGACAAAAGGCGACGAAACAGAUGCCAGUUCUGCCGCUUUCAAAAGUGCCUAGCUGUAGGAAUGGUAAAAGAAGUUGUGAGAACAGACAACCUGAAAGGUAGAAGGGGUCGUCUGCCGUCCAAGCCAAAAGUUGUCCAAGACUCUGUCUACUCCCCUGUAAACAUUAUCGCCUCUCUCGUCACUGCCCAUAUUGACUCAAACCCUGCCAGUGGAAAUCUAGACUACUCAAAGUAUCAGGAAACAAUAUCUGUAUUGUCUGAGAAGGAGGAUGCCAACGACAUACAGCAGUUUUAUGACCUGCUAACAGGAUCAAUGGAUGUAAUCAGAAAGUGGGCUGGAAACAUCCCUGGAUUCAGUGCCUUCUGUAAGGAGGACCAAGAGCUUCUUCUGGAGUCAGCAUUUGUUGAGCUCUUCAUACUUCGGCUAGCCUACAGGUCAAACCCUGAGACAGAAAAAAUUAUUUUCUGCAAUGGCGUGGUUCUCCACCGGACGCAGUGCGUACGAAGCUUUGGCGACUGGAUUGACUCAAUCAUGGAGUUCUCUCAAAGUUUACAUCGCUUGAACUUGGAUGUUUCGUCUUUCUCCUGCCUUGCCACGCUGGUCAUAAUCACAGAUCGACAUGGCCUAAAAGAGCCCAAACGGGUUGAGGACCUCCAAACACGUCUGAUCACAUGUCUCAGAGACCAGGUCUCCACAAGUGCCCCUGAAGCCACCCGGCCCAACUACCUGUCCCGACUGCUGAGCAAGCUUCCUGAGCUGAGAACACUGUGCACUCAGGGUCUCCAGCGAAUCUUCUACCUUAAACUGGAAGACUUGGUCCCACCUCCACCAAUUGUGGAUAAAAUCUUCAUGGACACAUUGCCAUUCUGAAUGGGCAUAUGAGGAUAUGUAUGUGGACAACCUAAGUGACUUAAACUGGUGAAAAAGCUGGAUAUGAGCAGUUUGAUGUUUGGGGAGCUUUAAGGACUGUAUCGCUUGCUUUUCUCUGCUUUCGUGCAAUGGAAUCAGAGAAAGAUGACAUUCUAUUUACACCCGCAUUUGGAACCUACAUUACAGAGUCUUCAACAGUGAAUUCAUUAAGACACUUAGUGGCUUCUAAACAAAAGAAAUGCAUGCAGAUAUUUCCAUACAAUCAGUAUUACACGUAUUAUCAGAGGUCAUAUUUCAAAUUUAAAAGCAUCCAAGUAUCUAACUUAACAUCCAAUUUCCCGUAAAACAUUACCUGUGGUUUAUGGGAGGUUAGAAAGGCGAUGGACCAAAACAGAAACGGAAAAAUAGAAACGGCAUUUACUUGGAUGCUUGAAGCUGAAAUGUGUCAUUUUUUCUAUGCCAGAAUACUUUCUCCUAUCCCGGUUUAAAAUGCAACAUAUUAAUAGACAUCUAUAAGUAAGCCAUUGGUAGGCCAGUUUCACCAGAGAUGGGGAUUGUUCAGGAAACCUGCAUAGAAAUUAUGCAUUUCAGCUUUAAAUUAUUAAGACAAAGCCAAAAAUGUGCCAGAACAUUAUCUCCUUAAACAUGCUCAGAAAUGUUUCAACCAUAGGCUUUGCAAUAAAAACUCAAAAACACUGAGUGCAGUCGAGGAAUGUGGUACACUGUUGUGGUAUGGCUAAUGUUUCAGACCUGUUUAGGUGACAAUACAGACCGAGAGACUUUAGCAUGUAAGUGUAUUAUAAGAAUCAGUAGUUUUUUAUGGAUUUUUCAUGAAUAUUUUUGAAAGGUCACAAGAGAUCCAGUGCAGCUACUGUACACGUAGCACGUACAGCCUCUAAACGUGAAAAUACUUAAGAGUGUUGUUACUGAAGCCUGACUUACUGUAGUUUAGUGUACUGGUCAAACCUUAGAGUAAUUAUAUUUGUAUGUAUGUAUUUUAUGAAUGUAUAGAUAUGGCUAGAGCUUCUGCAUACUGUAACUUUUUCUCACAAUGACAAAAUCAAGUUUGGGCAUUCAGAUUUUUAUGAUAUAAAAUGAAAGAUAUUGCUUAUCUUUCACUGAGUUUGUGCAGCUCUCAUAAAAUAUAUUUUGAAGAGAAA